AAAACACCAGUAUCAGUUUUGAUCAUUUUCAUCGGUGCUGUCAGGAACAACAGGUCCAACUGACACAAUUCAGCUAUCUCUUCUAUCAUCUUGUCCAUCAGCCAGAAGCAUGGCCACGGCACAGUCAACACUGAUGUUCGCAGUGUGCAUCCUGGUGAUAACAGAACUCAUACUGGCCAGAAAGGACUACUAUGACAUCCUCGGUGUGCCAAAAGACGCUUCCGACCGUCAGAUCAAAAAAGCUUUUCACAAGCUUGCCAUGAAAUAUCACCCUGACAAGAACAAGAGCCCCGAUGCGGAAACCAAAUUUCGAGAGAUUGCUGAAGCAUAUGAAACCCUAUCGGAUGAGAAGAGGCGGCGAGAGUAUGACCAGAUAGGAGACAAUGCAUUCAGCAAUGAAGACAUGAACGGAGGGCAGCGUUUUCAUCAUUCCUUUGAUUUCAACUUUGACGACAUGUUCAGAGACUCCGACAUCUAUAGCCAAAACAGGCACGCUCGCCAAAAACGGCACUUUGACGAGCACUUAAAGGCCCACCAGCAAGCACACAACCGCCACAAGAGACACUUCCAGGGCGCUUUUGGUACCGGAACCUUCGAGGACAUGUUUGAAGAUAUGGAGAAGAUGUUUACAUUUGACAGACACAUAAAAAGAACAGAGAGCAGGUUUCAGGGCACGACCAAACAACACUGCAGAACGGUGACCCAGCGAAGAGGAAACAUGGUCACCACGUACACGGACUGCACCUCAUCCUGAACAUUAGCUCGGACCGUCACGCUUGUGUUUUUAUGUCUGAUUUAGAUUGAGUUAUUAAUCUGCUGCUGUGAUGAUGAUUGGGGUUUGAUUUUACCUGUGACUGAUCCGUUAUUUAAGAUGCAUUUGGAGUCUACAAUUGACACUACAUUGGAUAGUGGCCUCUUAAUAGCCUCAAAGUCUAGGUUUAGACUUUUUAUGAGUUUGUUUUCAUCCCUGCAGCACCAAAACAUUUAGAAAAGGUCAUUAGUUGAUUGAUGAGAAACUAUUUGAUGACGCUCUAAUAUUAGUGUGAAUUAAUGUUGAAAUCGCACUUUCUUGACCAUAUGAAGCAAGUUGUUAUAUACCUGGUUAACUACUAAACUCCCCUGUUAUAUCGAAAGAAUGAAUGUGCAGAAAUCCUGAAUCAUCAUGACAGACCAUUUAGCUCUUCCAUUAACUUUUCCACUUAUCCAAGGUUGUUUUGGUGCUGAGCACUCAUAAUAUGAAUAUUUGGGAUUUACAUCUUCAUAAACUGCUCUUUUAUUUUUAUGUGAAGCUAAACAAAUGUUUGCUGCAUUGCUGUGAAUGAUAUAGUUUCCCCAAGUAAUUUCUUUCAAACUCCCACUUAUUAGUUAGAGAGGUGCCUUUCCCACUUAUUGUGUUAUAUUCAGUUUAUUGUGAUCAGAUCGGAGCACUUUUAUGACCUCAUGUGUAUUAUAGUUUGCAUGGCUGAGAGAAAGUAAGUCUCUGUUUUUGUCAUGUACAUCAGUUAUCCGGUUGGGUUUGUAAACAGCUUUUGGAAAGUACAAGUCUGACAUUGUUCUCUAAGCCAAAGUGUAUUUUGGCUGAACUUUUUAUAUGUUUGUAACAAAACAUAAACAUUUGAUUGUUUCUUUUUAUAUGGCAGUGUAACCCCUAAAAAGAAACAAGGGGAACAUACCAACUUAGCAUUUGCCAGACAAUGUUUUUUUUUUGUAAAUACCAUGUAUAACCCAGCUGUGUUUCUGUAUGACAUCACCUCAUCUGUGCUGUGACCUGUUGUGUUGAAUGAUCCCAUGUGCAAUAUUUAAAGGCAGCUGUCCUGUUGGUUUUACUGUUACCCGCUGACAUAGUUGUUAUGUUCAGAGUCUUGGUAGACUCAUCUGGCACUUUCUUUAUUUUAAUCCUAUGGAUGAAAUGUAAAUCUUAAAUAGCCUAUUUGAACCCAGAUGUAUGUCUACUAGGGUUAAAAAUAAAUUGUGUUCAAAAUUA